GACCACCACAACGACCGCUUUGCUAAUUCGUCCUGCAUGAGACUUCUGUGACACUAUGGACGCUCUGCGAGUGACAAAGGUCGAGGGCGUGUUGUGCACCAAGGGCGGUAGCACCUCCUCCGGCACGCUACAUCUCACCGCGCACCAUGCGAUCUUCCACUACGACGAGGAGGGGAGGGAGGAGAUGUGGGUUCCAUACCCGCUCAUCUCGCUCGUGUCUCGGAUGCCCAUGACUCUGCAAGGCCAAUCUCCCCUCACGAUCCACACGCGCACGUUCGAGACAACGUUCCUCUCGUUUGUAUCAGAGAAGGAAGCGAUAGACGUAUUCGAGAGCGUCAAGGAGCUUACGGUUGCAACUUCGGUCGCACAGCUCUAUGCGUUCUACUAUGUUCCGAAUCCCCCAUUUCCAGUCUCGAACGGAUGGUCCAUUUACUCUCCUCGUGAGGAGUUCCUGCGGAUGGGCGUCGGCACACGCUCGAAGGCAUGGCGCUUCACUGACAUUAACAAAGACUACUCUCUAUCGCCAACAUAUCCGGCGCGCCUCGUGGUGCCUACGCGCAUCAGCGACACAACCAUACAAUAUGCCGCCAAGUUUCGCAGCAAGUGUCGAAUACCCGCCCUGACAUACCUGCAUUGGGCGAACUACGGUUCUAUCACGCGGUCAAGCCAGCCUAUGGUCGGGCUGACCAAUAACCGCUCCAUCCAGGACGAGAAACUCAUCGAGUCGAUCUUCCAAACCCACCACAAUCCGGAGUCGCGUGUCAGCGCAGGGCCUGUGUAUGGCGCGACGGCGACCAACCUCAUUAUUGACGCGCGCCCUACGACGAACGCCAUGGCCAAUACAGCGAAGGGAGCCGGAACAGAGAACAUGGACCACUACAAGGACGCCAAGAAGGCGUACCUGGGCAUCGACCACAUCCACACAAUGCGCGAAGCGCUCGCCCGGGUGGUGGAAGCGCUACGAGGCACCGAGAUCAUGCAGACCGCCUCUGCGCCUGCGGACGACGAACCGCCAUUUGUUGCCCCGGUACUCGACCGUCAAGUGUUGCGGCGCUCAGGCUGGCUCCGGCACAUUGGGGCUAUACUCGAGGGGACGCUGCUAUGUGUGCGAAACGUCCACGUCAACUCUUCCCAUGUCCUCAUCCACUGCUCUGAUGGGUGGGAUCGUACCGCGCAGCUAUCCUCUCUUACCCAACUCUGUCUCGACCCCUUCUAUCGUACCCAACGCGGGUUCGAGAUCCUGAUCGAGAAGGACUGGGUCUCCUUCGGACACAAGUUCCUCGAUCGGUGCGGACAUCUCUCAUCGGAGAAGUUCUUCCUCGCCCCCGUCGAGAACUCCGGCGGUGGUGGCGGAGCAGAAGCUGCGCAGGCGUUCCUAGCAUCCGUGCAAAACCGCUUCGCAUCGCAGAACCACAUCAAGGAGACUAGCCCCGUCUUCCACCAGUUCCUCGAGAGCGUGCGCCAGAUCCAGCGGCAAUUCCCGGAGCGCUUCGAGUUCAACGAACGGUUCCUCCGGCAGUUGCAUUAUCAUCUGUACUCCUGCCAAUUUGGCACGUUCCUCUUCAACUCGGAACGCGAGCGGCGCGUUGGGGAGAGCGGGCCCCCACCAUGCGACCGUACGGUGAGCGUAUGGGACUUCUUCAACUCCCCACCAGAGGUCGAGUUGAACAAGAACCCCCUUUACGACCCGAGUCUAGACGACGUCACCCGGCCGAAGGCAGACAUGGGUGUCCUCAUGCCCAACCCCAAGGACGUCCGGUUCUGGAACGAGCUGUACGGCAGGACCGACGAGGAGAUGAACGGGAGAUUUGUCGUAAAGCAGGCGGUUGAGGAGCCUGAGCUCACCGCGCCCAUCGACUCCGCAGAGGCAGACCCUGCAUUGCCUCUGAGCCCAGAAGCCUCCGUCACCGGGAUCUCCACUCCGACUCCUACGGGGCCGCAGUUGGCUUUGCCAACCGCGCAGUCUAUAGCGCGCUUCUUGCAGAGAGGAGCUUCUCCGGCCUCUCAAAACACUCCACUCGGCGAAUCUCCUGCCGCGCCAGAGGUCCAACGGGCGCGGACGCCCAGCCUCCGGCCCUUUGACACCCUGUCAACAAGCCCUGGGGUACCCUCCUCGGACCCAAUCACACCUCCACGUACGCCUUCUCCCCGUAUGCGCAGCGUGCGUACAACCUCCCCACGGGCAACUACAUCCUCCCAGGCCGGGGCAGAGCUCUUCUCGUCAGGCGGCGUGCGUUCGUUCUGGGGCAAGUUCUCCACAAACGCUACCGCCGCGUUCUCUGUUGUGCAGGACGCAUAUGGCGGACUGGCGAAGGAUUUGCGCGGUCUCUCGGUAGGGGAAGGGGGAGACCCUGUACGCGGCGGCGAACUCAAAUCAAGGGAGGAGAUCGACGCGUGGGGCGCAGGUGGGGACAACAGUCGUCCCUCGUCUCCCCGUAGCGGGCCAUCCUCCCCUCGCGCGCACACUGUGUCGUCGGGAAGCACACUCAAUCCUUGGUCCACGGGCCAAGCGCGACCGACGAUCCCUUCUAUGUACUUGGACAACCCAUGGAGUUCUGUGCGCGCGCCGGAGAGCGACCCGCGCCCUACCAUCCCUGCGAGUCUAUACGCCGAGCAGGAGACGCAACAGAGUUCGCUGCCCUUGGAUCCCACUGUCGAGCUUCCUCCUUCCUUCCCACACUCACGCGUCACGACUAGUGGGAGUACCCCGUUGGGCGGCGCCCGCCCUCCAUCGAUUCGCGCCAAUUCAGAUAAAGCGACUGGGCUAGCUGGCUUAGGUGCGAACAGCGGCGGGCCCCUGGGGCAGGGCGAUGGGCUAUCAACACAUGCCACGCCUCCAGCACCUGCAGAGCCGUCAGCGGACUCAUCGGCAUCGUCGGAUCCCCUUGGGGUAGCAGUGUGGUCAUGACAGUAGUACGCAGUUACGACUCUGGCCCGGUGUUUUCUUGUUUGGGAUGCCACGUUUUACUAAAGAGACGGCCGAGAACGAGUGUAUGAAUAUCGUACGACGUAGAGAGCCGAUGUAUGUAAAAUACGACAUGCUCGCGGGAACGAUGCGCGCGAAAGGC